GACUAAAAUUAAAAAUGUCUGUGGAAGCCGCAGAGGCAUAUGCUGUUGGACCGCUUGAUCUUAUCCUUCUCUUUUCAUUUAUUGGAUUGGUUGUUUAUUGGUUCAUGCGCAAGAAGUCUGAGCCUAAGUCUGGAGUAAAUGGGUUAAUUGACUUAAAGCCAGUAAAUAUACAGAAGUUAAAUAAUGUUGAUGUUGUCGAUUCAUCAGGAUUUGUUAGUAAAAUGAAAAGAUCAGGUAAAACGAUCGCAAUUUUCUAUGGUUCACAAACAGGAACUGCUGAAGAAUUCUCACAACGUCUGGCUAAGGAUUCACAACGUUAUGGUUUAAAGUCUAGUGUGUUUGACCCUGAAGAAUGUGAAAUGGACGAACUGGUCGAGUUAAAAACUGAAAUUGACAAUUCUUUAGCCAUUUUUGUGGUCGCUACAUAUGGUGAGGGUGAUCCCACAGACAAUGCUAUCCCGUUUUAUGAUUGGCUAAAAGAAGAACAAGAUUUGGAGGGCUUGAACUAUGUCGUGUUUGCUCUUGGGAAUAAAACAUACGAGCAUUAUCAGGGCUUCGGAAGGUACGUCGACAAAAGGAUCGCUGAGUUGGGAGGUAAUCGAAUUUUUGAGAUUGGUGAAGGUGAUGAUGAUGGUAAUAUUGAAGAAGAUUUUGUCAACUGGAGAGAAAAGUUUUGGGUAGCGGCUUGCGAUUUCUAUGGCGUUAGUAACGACUCAAGGAGGUUGAGUCAAUGUGUGUCGAGAGAUUUCACCCUGCGGAAAUUUCCCGAUAUAACGGAUGAGAAAGUUUUUAAAGGAGAAAUCACUAAACUUGGUGCUUUUGUAAAUCAGCGCCCUCCCUAUGAUGCGAAGAAUCCGUACAUGGCCGAUCUUGUUGUUAAUCGGGAAAUACACAAAGGAGGAGAGCGUUCGUGUAUGCAUAUUGAAAUCGACAUUUCUAACUCUGGCAUUCGAUACGAGGCUGGAGAUCACGUGGCUGUAUACCCUACAAACGAUCCAGAAUUAGUUGAUACAAUCGGUAAACUGUUGUCUACCAACCUCGAUGAAGUAAUUUCGUUAAACAACGUCGACGAAGAUGCAGCUAAGAAACAUCCAUUUCCGUGUCCCUGUUCGUACCGCACAGCUUUGUUGCACUAUAUUGACAUCACCAGCACUGUCAAACAUCAUAUUCUAACCGAGUUGAUCCAGUAUACUAAAGAAGAAAAAGAUUUGGAAAUGCUGCGCAAACUUUUGAGUUCAGACGAGGAAGGCAAAAAUCUUUAUAACGAAUGGGUUGUUAAGAACCAUCGCCAUAUCACAAGUGUAUUGGAGGACCUACCGUCGUGUAAACCACCCCUUGACUUAUUAUUAGAAUUAUUGCCCCGUCUACACUGUCGCUAUUACUCUAUAUCUUCUUCGCCGAAAAUGCAUAAAACCAAAAUUCACAUUACGGCUGUGUUGGUUGAUUGGAUUGCGCCAACUGGGAGAAGACAAAAAGGUGUUGCUACCUCGUGGCUUAAAGGAAAAAUUCCGUUAAACGGAACUUUCCCAAAAGUUCCUAUAUUUGUCCGACAUACAACCUUUCGUCUACCGGAUAAAUUACAUUUGCCGGUGCUUAUGAUUGGCCCUGGCACAGGUUUCGCGCCGUUUCGUGGUUUCAUACAAGACAGACACUCCGAAAAAGAAACCGGGAAGGAUAUCGGGGAGAUUAAUUUGUAUUUCGGUUGCCGUCACAAAUCCGAAGAUUUCAUUUAUGAAGAAGAAAUAAACGAGUUCGUUACAGCAGGUACAAUUACCGACCUGCAACUAGCAUUUUCUCGUGAUCAGGAAGAAAAGAUUUAUGUGACGCAUAAAUUAAAGGAAAAUGAAAAGAAGAUAUGGGAAUUGAUAAAAGCAGGUGGACAUCUGUACGUUUGUGGAGAUGCACGUCACAUGGCGAAGGAUGUACAUUCCAUUUUUAUAAAUGCCAUCAAAACGUACGGAGAAAAGUCGGAACAGCAAGCCAAUAAUUUUCUUAGUAGUUUAAGCAAUAAAGGAAGAUAUUCGGUGGACGUGUGGUCCUAACGAAGUAUGAAAUACAUAGAAAAUUUGAUCAUUUAUCUUCAAUGGCUUUCUACAAAAUAAAAUCGAGAAAACCAAAAAAAUGAUGUAGAAAAAUAUUGGUAAUUUUUAUAGACGAUCACAGAGAUAAUCAGCCGCCCUUCAAGAUAAUAUUUGACGGGCGAAAUUUGACUAAGCAAAUUUUAUAAUGUUCGUUCUCCUUGCAAGGGGAAUGUAUGUGUUAUCUUGAGGGUAGAAAUUUUCGCAGUAUAUUUCUUCUUGUGACGAAGUAUUUUAUUAUCCUUCUAAUAGGUAAAUUAGGAUUCCUUCACGAAGUUUUUCGUAUGAUUUAAUAUGUUAAGAUAGUAAGCAAUAAUAUGUCUUGAUUUUUCUUUUUACUUUUAUCUUUAAUGAAAUCUUUAAAAUGGUUAUCCUGUAAAUUCAUGACGGAAUCGCGAAAACUUCGUGAUUUUUACAGUUUUUUAACCUGCCCUUCACAAGAAUAAGUUCCGCGAGGCUUUUUAUUCUCAAUGUAAUACUUAGAAUUCACACAAUUAGGUGAUGAGUAUUUUAAGGGAUAGAGUAUAGAAUCAAUCUUUUUUGUUAGUAUUUUUUAUCUAACAUAUUUUAAGUUACAGAUCAUUUUCCGAUAUUUAAUUUUCGAAUAUGGAACACUUAAUGGAAAUAUAUUAUCUUCUGCUUCGUAAGAAGUUCGUUUUUU